UGAAAAUCAAACUGAACCGAAAAUGAUAUACACGGACAAUUGCUGUUGCUGUGUAGAACUUAAGUGUGGCUGCAUUCUGAUAGCCAUCGUUGAAGUACUCAUCCGUGGGUUGGAUCGGUUCUUUGUGGAUCGCGACAGUCUCUUGGGACUUUUCUCUCUCAUCGUAAGCGGUACCUAUGUAAUCUGCUGCUUAUUCCUUCUCCUUGGAGCCGUGCUGGGAUUAAGAUGUUUUCUGUUGCCGUACCUCUCGGUUUCCUGUCUUCGUUUUAUUCUUUUGGUCGCCGAGGGCAUAUUUGUAGCCACAGAGGGAAUUGUCAAUGAAUAUCUUGUCUUUGAUAUACUCCAAUCCCUUCUUGGCUUGUACUUCUGGUUGGUGGUCUUCUCCUAUUUUGAUCGUCUGAAGGACUCCUGAGUUUAAUUUUAAUUGAUUUUUAAUUUAAGACCAAUUCGAUUGA